GUAGUGUGACCCGCCAUGUCCGCAGAUGAGCCGCGCAAGACCGACACCAACUACUCCAAGAGUCGUGUCAAGGUGUCGCCCUACCGCCGCAGUUUGAGGGCAGACCACACGGCGACCUCCAUGCUGGCCAACUACACAGGAAACAACACAACAAUGGAGAUGGACAUCACGGAAUCUUCCUUCGUGUCCCACGAGGAAGGUUCCUUAGACGACAGCUCGUAUCUGUCAGGGUUACGAAGCAUCCGCGGCCGCCGCUCCUACAAGCCGCUUAAAGAGAUGACGCUCCGCCACGUGACAGCCAACCGCAGCGCCAACAAGUCCGCGGCCAAUGUGUCUGAUCAUAGACUUAAUACCGACUACUAUUAA